ACGGACACUUUUAACAGUAGCGCAUAGUUUUUUGCCCAUGGAGUGCAUUUGCCAGGUUGUUUGACCACCAGGCGGGUUUUCUUUUUAUCGAACAAAUUCAUGCAUACAGAGGAGGACACCCAAAUAAUGGAGCCACAGACGAAGCGCUGGAAAGGGUCAGGGAGGGACACUGACUCCUGGGAUGCUCUUCCUGUACUGUCCGACUUGCAGUCGCAAGACAUCGAGCUGAUAGAAGCUUUCGCUGCACCCAUCACCAACAAGAAAGAGACCUCCCGAAUCAUCGCGGAGCUGAAUAGCCUCUACCCGUUGAAUGGCCUUCAGCACCUCAAGAGGGUACGGGCUUGCAAAGACAAGGGCAGCCAAAACCCUCUGGAAGUCCUUCUGUGUCUCGUCAGUGAAGCUCCAGAUAUAAAGGCAGUCAGCAAAGACUCUCUGCUACCCUCAAGGGGAGCUAAAUGGGAAGGCCUGGGCGAGCCUUUUGUGGUUAAAAUUCCUGCUCGUCCGCCGUUGACCCGACCUCAGUUUGAACUGGCGAGCCAACAUUGGUCCACGGCGUUUCACGAAAACAAACAUGUAACUGUAGCUCUGAGAGGUGAGCUCUUCAGUACCAAAGAAAAAGCCAAAAUGCACACAUACAUGACAUCUGCUCUAACCGCUGCACAAGCCGCUAAAGAGUUGGGGAUGGAGGCUGUUGGGGCGGUCGUGGUUGACCCUGAAGUAGACCGCAUCAUAGCAGUCGGCCAUGACUGCAGACGGGACCACCCCUUACACCACGCUGUCAUGGUCUGCAUUGACCUCGUGGCUAGGAGUCAGGGUGGCGGAAACUACUGCUUUGACCGUUACACUGCAUGCCAGUUCAGUUUCCCAAAAGCUGCCAAAAAUCAAGAAAUGUCAAAUCAGUCGGAAGGGGCAGCUGAACCUUACAUCUGUACGGGGUAUGACCUUUAUGUUACCAGAGAACCUUGUGUCAUGUGCGCCAUGGCGCUGGUCCACUCGCGGAUUGGUCGAGUUUUCUACGGGACCACCUCAGUUGACGGUGCACUCGGGACCCGAUUUAAAAUCCACACGCAGAGAGAUUUGAACCAUCACUUUGAAGUCUACAAGGGGAUCUUGAGUAAACAAUGCGGAGAACUCAUCAGUUCAGAUGAUCACAUAGAAGAUCUCAAGGAAAAACAGGUUACAUGUAAAGAGUAAAGGAUUUGUUCGAUGUGCCUUAAAAAAGUCUUGUUUUAGAUAACAAAUUAAAUAAAACCUUUUUUGUGAAGUUA